ACCCAGUCAGUCACGGUUUGAACUGCAAGUGCAAGGUCUUGUGCAGAUUAUUAUAAAUCACUCAUGCAAUAUUUCAUUAUUCAGUAUUCAUUUAAUUUCGAUGACGCUGCAGAGACCACGCCGCGUGUUUCUCUGGAGGUGAGACUGAAGUCUUCAUUAAUGACUGUGAGAGACUUUUCACGCUGUUUCUGAAUCAGUGGCGUCGCGUCGCUUCGCUGCAGUGAUUUGAUUCAUUGUCAGAUCAGAAGGGUUUGGAUCGGAUUCGGAAUGCAGUCAUCAGGAGCAGCAUCAGUAUUUCUCAUUCUUGUCUCGGGGUUUUCUCUUGCUGUGGGCUGUAAUAAAGCUCUGUGUGCCAGUGAUGUAAGCAAGUGUCUCAUUCAGGAGCUGUGUCAGUGCCGACCACAGGAUGGAAACUGCUCGUGUUGUAAGGACUGUAUGAUGUGUCUUGGCUCUCUGUGGGAGGAGUGCUGUGAUUGUGUGGGGAUGUGCAACCCAAAAAAUUACAGCGCCACGCCAGCCACUGCCAAGAGCACAGUGGAGGAACUGUACAGACCGAUCCCGUCACUCUUCCGAGCUCUGACUGAAGGAGAUUCACCCGUCAACAUGAUGGUGGUGUCAUUUCCAGUAACCGAAGAGCUUUCCUACCAUGAGAGUCUGGUCUCUUAUCUGGAGACCAUUGAGGAUUCACAUCAGAACAUCUCACUGCCCGGCAACAGCAUCCACGCCAGCUAUGAUAAUACUCAAGAUAAAAUGUGCACGGUUGUGUACUUUGAUGACUGCGUGUCCAUUAAUCAGUGUAAGCUGUACUGUGAAUCCAUGGGCGGCUCCAAGUAUCGCUGGUUUCACAACGCCUGCUGUGAAUGCAUCGGACCCGAGUGUGUCGAUUACGGAAGCAAAAUGGCCAAAUGCAUGAACUGUCAGUACUGACCCGUGACCCAAACACAGUUUUCUUUAUAAGAAGCGUUAAUACAAUCAUGUAAAUUAGAUUCCUCUUUUAUUUCUUUGAGAUAUUUUAUAGUGUCUGAGCAAAUGUGUUUGGAUUUGUAUAUAUUUUUUUACUUUCAGACAGAAUCAGAUGUGUUCUUCUCAUGAUGCCAAAAAAAAUGCUUUUGAUAAAGAGUGCAGGGAAAAAGACGCAGUUUCAUCAAGAAAAAUAUUUUAACAAACAUCUGUACCUUCUGCUCCUAUUUGUCAAAAGUAUUUUAAUAAAACGGCUUAAUGAAACUCAA